UGUUCUGUUCUAUUUUCUAUUCUAUUCUAUUUUCUAUUCUGUUCUAUUCUUUUUUCAACAGAAACUUUGGGCUCAACUGCAGUCAGAAUUCAUAAUUCGUAAUUCAAGAUUACCUGUACAACUGGUAUAUUCCUUGCAGCCCUCUGGUAGAGCUUGUGAGGAGUCCCUCUCCCCAUUUUGGGAAUUUGACCUUCUCCCACUUCUCAUCUCUUGAGCUCAGCUGCUUUUGCAGGUCUUUCAAGUAGAAAGGGGGGCUUGGCAGCUGUGCAGCACCACCUCUCCUAGGAACUGCUGGGAUGUGGGGGGGGGGUCUAUGCUUAAACUAAUAGCCUCCUCGUGAAAUAAGAGUAUGGCUGGAAGGUGUAAGCCAUUUAUUUUAUUCUCUCUUUUUAAAAAAAAAAAAAAAAUCCCAAAUCCUACAGCAGUUGAGAGCAGGAUAGUGAUUAAAUGGCACUUUUUAUCCUCAGCAUUUCAGGCAUGGUUUUCAACAGCUUCUGAGAGUCUGGACCACAUAUUGCAUUGGUUUUGGAAAAAGUAAUCCAAUCUUGUUUAAAUUUGUGUAGUCAAGCUCAAAUCCUACAUGAAAGACCCACAUAGGGUUGAUUAUUACUAUUACUAUUACUAUUAUUUUGGCAGCUGUGCAGAUGGUUUGUCAUCACCUAUGUCUGGAAAGUUUCUUUUCAACUUCCUAGCCUUGCAGGCGAGGAAGUUUCCCAUCCAAGCAUUAAAACAGGUCCAGACCUGCUGAGCUCCAGGUGUCCUGAGGAUGCUGCUGAGAGCUGAGCAACCGUCAUAGAAGUUGAACGUUGUGGUCCAAUUGACUUUAAGGGAGCUGGUAAGACUUCCUACGUGGCGGCCCUAAGGACUGGUGGAAAUGCUUACAAAUAUUAAGGGUUGACCGUCCAGGUUUCUCACCCACCCCCGUCCUUUCUGAUGGGGGGGGGGGAGGAGGGCUCUCCAAUUUCUCCUUCGCCUCCCCCAAACUCCGGAAAGUUUCCGCGCAGGCACAUCCUGACUUCUCGGGGCGGUUCCUGAUCGGGAUCCAGCCUGCCCGGCACCCUAGUCUAGCUGGAGCAAGGCGGGAAGGUCCCGGGGGCUGUUGACUCGCGUGUUCCGGCGCUCAGACGACCUUCUGCAAAGCGGGUCUGGCUCGAGUCGCUCAGCAAAGCGACCCGGGCGGGCUUCCCCAAGCCAGCAGGGGGGCAAAGGACGGAGGGGGGCGGAAAGAGGCGCAGGCCCAAGAGGGUGGGAGGGCUCCAACCGCCCCCACCCCCGUUGCCCACAGGAGGCGGGGAGCCAGAGACCGCGGGGCGUCCGGACUUCUCAGCCGGAAGGCAGCUCCGAGCCCCGCGCACGCCCGGCGGAGUUUGCUGCCAAGUCCCGCCGAGGAAGGUCAGGAUGGGAAGCUGGCGGGUCCUGGCGUAUCUCUUGCUGCCCGCCUGGGCAGGGAUGCGGCCGGGGGUGCUGGGCAAGGGGGCUCCGGAGCGCCCUCAGCACCGCCUGCAACACGGGUCCUGCACCUACACCUUCCUGCUGCCCGAGCUGGGGGGCUGCGAGCCCGCGGCCGCUCCUGCGGCUGCCGCCCGGUUCCAAGUCUCCAACUCGCUCCAGAGGGAUGCGCCAUCCUUGGCCGAAGCCCAGUGGCCCGUCCAGCGGUUGCAACAGCUGGAGACCGUCAUGGAGAACAACACCCAGUGGCUGCAGAAGCUGGAAAAUUACAUCCAGGAAAACGUGAGAAUAGAGAUAUCAGAGACCCAUUUCAGUUCUGUACAGGACCACACGGCAGCCAUGUUGGAAAUUGGGACCAACCUCCUGAAUCAAACUGCUGAGCAGACCCGGAAGCUCACUGAUGUAGAGAUACAGGUUCUCAACCAAACAUCCCGCCUGGAAAUUCAAGUAUUGGAAAAUUCCCUGUCUACCAACAAGCUUGAGAAACAGCUGCUUCUGCAGACUCACGAGAUCAGCAGACUCCAGGAGAGAAACAGCUUCCUAGAGAAGAAAGUGCUGGCUAUUGAAAACCAACAUGAGGAGGAGCUACAGGGCCUGAGGACCGAGAAGAUGGAAAUGCAGAAGCUUCUCUCCAAUCAGGUGGAUCUCGUUGGGCAUCUGGAGCAACGCCUGGGUGCUGCCUUGCUGAACAACACAGCCCUCCACAAACAACAGGCAUCUUUGGCGGAGACAGUGAAGCAUUUGAUAGGCUUAGUGUCCCAGUGCACUCACCUUUCGUUCACUCUACCAGAUGAGCAGAAGGUUUUCAAGGACUGUGCAGCUGCAUACAAAUUGGGGUUCUCCACCAGCGGAGUCUAUACCCUUCGGUUCCCCAAUACUACGGCCACUGUAAAAGGCUUUGGGUCCCCAUCUGGAGAGUACUGGUUGGGCAACCAGUUCAUCCACUUGCUCACCACACAGAACCGCUACUCCCUCCGGAUCAAGCUCCAAGACUGGGAGAACAAUGAGGCUUAUUCUGCCUUUGAGCAUUUCCAAGUAGACUCCGAGGAGCAGAACUAUCGACUUUAUGCAAGGAGAUACAGUGGUACAGCCGGACGCACCAGCAGCCUCAGCCCCUCCGGAACCGACUUCAGCACCAAGGAUGCUGACCAUGAUCGAUGCGCGUGCAAAUGUGCCCAGAUGGCAGGUGGAGGCUGGUGGUUUGAUGCUUGUGGACCUUCUAACCUGAAUGGCAUCUAUUACCCUCCCAAUCCUGCCACAAUUAGAUACAACGGCAUGAAGUGGCACUACUGGAAAGGGCCCGGCCAUACCCUCAAAGCAAGCACCAUGAUGAUCCGUCCGGUGGAUUUCAGAGAGCAGCUGCAAGGGGGGAUGCUGUGAUCUGUCACAUGGCAGAAGGAGAGGAGAUCCCCUUUGGAACGAUUGCAAGUCCUUGCAUCAUGAACUAAACCUCUUCUAGGUAGAUUAAAAAAAAAAAACAGUCUGCAUGGGACCCAGUUCAUUAUGGAAAUUUCACAGGAGAUCUGGAAAUAUUUUGUUGGUGGUGGUGGUGGUGGUGCUUUCAGGGGCAAAAAAACAGUUAGGCCUGGGUUUCUCAACUUUAUCCAUUUUCAGAUGUCUGGACUUCAACUCCCAGAAUUCUGCGCCGGCUGAGGAAUUCUGGGAGUUGAAGUCCACACAUCGUACAGUGGCUGAGAUUGAGAAAUACAGAAUUAGUCCAAGGGAGAGGCAAACGCAUGUCUCUAAAGGAAAGGGUUCUGCCAUUUGUAUAAUAUUUGUUCCCCAAAGAUAGCAGUGUGAUUUUGGGCUGCCCUGGAAGGGUCAGGAAUAGGUUUGGGGGCUGAAUGAGAAUUACCUGUUCUUGAUUUAGGUAGAAGGACUAGGCACAAAACUGUAACACUCCGUUGAUAAAAGUAUUUGGGGCUUGGGGGUGUGACAUCGACCUUAACAUUCCUUGUCUCCCCACAAUUCCUUCUUCUAAAUGCCCCAAGUGUGCACUAGUUAUACCUUUUAGCACCAGAAUUCAGGAAUUCCAAGACACUGCAACUUGACGAACAAGGUUAUUUGUGUCUUUGUGUGUGCGUCUCUGUUUAAUGCAGGUGUUUCUGUUUAGACCUGUGUGUCUAUGAUUCUCAGGGGAAAGAGGUACAGGUAGUCCUCAACAUACGACCACAAGGCUACAGUUAUAAAGAAAUGAGAAGAAAAAGGGGUGGAAACUUAACCAAAGGUGGCAUUUUUACUGUACACUUUCCCCAAAAGGUUUACACAAUGUUGGCCACUACUGUAAAUAAACUGUGAGAAGUUGAGGUCUACCUGUACUGUAUUUUAUGAUUCUGAACAUUUAUACACUUGGGAAUGUUUUAAAAUUCAAGUAUUUUAUCCACAGUAUCUUUUUUUUAAAACUGUAAAAAGGAAUCAAAUAAAAUACCAAUCUGCCUUUUUGUAAA